ACAGCAUCAGCCCACCACUCUUCAGUGUGGUGGAAAAUUUGGAAAAUUUCUCGGCGAAAUUUGUUCUUCAAAUAUCAUCGCCGAAUCGAUAAAAUCAGCCAGAACACUCACUGUGCUCCGUCCGUUCGUUCGCUUAGACAACUAACCAAAACUAUCACCAUGGCCGAUGAGAAGAAGAAGAUCAAGAAGAAGAAGACCAAGGAAGAGGGUGGUGCAUCUGAAACCGCUUCUGAGGCUGCAUCUGAGGCAGCAACCCCUGCCCCAGCUGCCACCCCAGCUCCCGCCUCCACCACUGGCUCCAAGAGAGCUUCCGGUGGCAGCCGCGGCUCCCGCAAAUCCAAGCGUGCUGGUUCCUCCGUCUUCUCUGUUUUCUCCCAAAAACAGAUUGCCGAAUUCAAGGAAGCUUUCCAACUUAUGGAUGCUGACAAGGACGGCAUUAUUGGCAAGAACGAUUUGCGCGCCGCUUUCGAUUCCGUAGGCAAAAUCGCCUCCGACAAGGAAUUGGACCAAAUGUUGGGCGAAGCCACUGGUCCCAUCAAUUUCACCCAAUUGUUGACCUUGUUCGCCAACCGCAUGGCCAGCUCCGGUGCUAACGAUGAAGAUGAAGUCGUCAUUGCCGCCUUCAAGACCUUCGACAAUGAUGGUCUCAUCGAUGGUGAUAAAUUCCGUGACAUGCUCAUGAGCUAUGGUGACAAAUUCACCAUGAAGGAAGUAGAUGAUGCUUACGAUCAAAUGGUUAUCGAUGAUAAGAACCAAAUCGAUACCUUGGCCUUGAUCGAAAUGCUUACUGGCAAGGGAGAGGAAGAAGAAGAAGAAGCCGCCUAAGGUGCCCACAAAAUUCAUUUUAUUCUAAAUGUAUAAAUGUUUUUGUACACUUUCUAUAUAAAACAAAAAAAUGCCAUUCAAACACUUUUAA